UAACUUUCUUUGGUUUUCUGUUGCUUAUGUUUUGACAGUGUGACUACUUUUAUAACCUGUUUCGGGAGGAUAAUGGCAUGUGCUGACAUAGCCUGAAUUGCACCACUCAUGAAUAUACCAAGAUCACAAUACAACAGAAAUCUUGCAUAGUCUGUAACCAACAGCACAACGAAUAUAGGUACCAAUGGGAAAGGAAUACUCCCCGGCAUUCCAGGUAUUGUCUUUGUCUUGAUUGUUUCAUAGCCUGUGAUGCUUUGACUAAGUAGCCUUUUCCUUGAGGGAGGCUGUUUAUCUGACAGCUCCAUCUAGGAGAAGAGCUCAAGAGGUCAAACAAAAGUGGCCUGCCUGCCGAGGGAAUGUUUUCCACAAAGAGGAAGGGAGCCAAAGGAUGAGGAAAUGCGGGGCACAUAUUAUUUUCUCCAGGGCCAUUAUCAUUCCUGCUUCUGCUAAUAAUGGGGUGUUAACAUCACAGCAUGGGCAUUCUCAGAGCAACGCCCUCUGAGCCCGUUGAGCCCUUUGGCUUUGUCUGGCACAAAGACAAGUCCAUCAAAUCGAGGACAACAUUUUGACACCAAAUAGUUUGCUCGUAUUUUUUCAUCGGAUAUCCAGCAAAGCAAUAUUAUAUUAGAUGUUUUUAAACGAUCAUUUUGUAAAUCUAUUUUUUCGUAGUUAACACUCAAAUUAGAGGCCUCAGAAUUCAACAUUUUUAGAUAUUGAGUGAUAAAACUUCAUAAUAGCUAAAAUUGUUAUACUCCUUAUGAUUCUUUGUGGAGAAAUUCAAUAUAGCAAUGUAGCAGAUCACAUUGGAGCAUACAAGGAGAGAGAUCAGUGAGAAGGAUAACACUAAGUGUGCACCAAGCUGUUUCAGGAGGUCUGGUGCUUUGCUCAAAGGUACAUUGCAAUCUGGCAUCCCUCCAAUAACUUGUGACAUCACUGUGACACGUAAGCAUUUCUUGUGUUCAAACAAUAUUUUCUGAUUUCUCAAUGGACAGAAAUUUGGGAUGUGCAUAGUUUAGUAUUUUGACGAACUGUCUUUCGCAUUAAGGUAAUUUACACUAGGUGAUAUUUGCCUCUUUAGGCUCAAUUUAUUUAGCAUCAGAGAAUGAACAGACUACACCGAAGGCUUGAGUAAGUUGAAUGUUUUGUUCUUUUUCCGUUUUUGCAACAGCAGUGGUUAUUUUUACACUGUAAUAACAGUAACUUAUUCAAUACAGUUAAUGGUGAUGGACAUCCACUCCAUUUGAACUGGGAGGGUUACCAGUGUUGCUGUCAAUGGCAGCCAAUAAAUUAAAGAUAUUGAAAUGUUAUUUAAGUUUAAUUGUACUAACUAUAAAUGUUUUGUAAGGGUUAGAUUUGGAACACAUUGUUUCUGUUUAUCAAUGAUGUUUCGUUUUGUUUUUUUUCCAUAUAGACAACCUUCCUGAGCAAAACAUGGGCGCGCCAUCUUUGAUCAUUUCUGCUCUGAACUUCUGGUUUAGACAGAACAACUUGAAAUGCAGUUGAAGUGUCCUCUAGUUUUGCAUCUUAUCCUUCUGUGCCGUCACCAUGCAGCUUCGCAGGUUUCUGAAGAGCUAAGCUUCGGAAGUCAUGUGGACUUGACAGCGUUAAUUGGCAUGCCCCUCCCUCCUUCUGUCUCCUUCACGCCUGGUUUUGAGGGGUUUCCAGCUUACCAUUUUGGGCCUGAAGCCAACAUAGGCAGGCUCACCAAGGCCUUUGUACCAGACCCAUUCUACAUCGACUUCGCCAUCAUUGUCACGAUCCGACCAGCCAGCCAGAGAGGAGGCACUCUAUUUGCCAUCACAGAUGCCCGCCAAAAGGUGGUUGAGUUGGGCUUGGCCCUUACUCCAGUCCAUGCAGGUUUUCAGAAUAUCUUAUUAUACUACACUGACAGCAAGCAGCCAUCCCACAGCCAAAAAGCUGCUGCCUUCAAGGUCCCAGACAUGACGGACCAGUGGACUCGCUUUACUGUUGUUGUGGAGCACAAUGAGGUGCGUCUCUACAUGGACUGUGGCGAAGCUGAGAGAGCAGCCUUCCAUCGAAGGCCGGAACGACUCACUUUUUCACCUUAUUCGGGCCUUUUUGUUGCAAAUGCAGGAAGUACAGGCCUCGAGAGGUUUGUGGGGGCUAUUCAGCAGCUGGUUAUCAAAGAUGAUCCCAGGGCAGCCGAGGAACAGUGUGAGGAUGACGAUCCUGAUGCUUCUGGAUAUGCCAGUGGUGAUGAUGGUCUGGAUGACAGAGAGACAGAAGAAGAAAUAAAGAAAACAGAAAGAAAUAAACAUGGAGCUGCACAGGGAAACACUGCUCCAAUUAGAGCACCACCAACAGAGGCUCCAAAGAUGGAGAAUGAAAAAAAUUCAGAUCACCAGACCUCAAUUGAGGCCAAUGAAGAGGUCUUGCAAAAGGGGCCUCAGCAGACAGACGAGCCCGGGGAAGUAUCUGAAGAUGUUCUUGUAAAGCAUACCUUAAAAGGAGAGCCGGGGGAUUCUGGACCACCAGGCUCACCUGGCCCUCCUGGGCCCACUCUUCUACCUGGGCAAAUUCAACCAGGAGCAAGAGGUCCAAAAGGACCGCCAGGAAUUCCUGGAAAGCCAGGGAGAGACGGACAGCAGGGAAUGAAGGGGGACAAUGGAGAUGUAGGUCAAAGAGGACCUCAAGGAUUUCCAGGUUUGGAUGGAGAUGCUGGCAUCAAAGGAGAAAAGGGAGAGCCAGGAGUUGGAUUACCAGGCCCACCAGGCCUUCCUGGUCCACCUGGACCUCCCAGAUCACGCAGUGUAUCUUAUGGAGAAGAUGCGCUGGGUUCUGGGUUUGAAGACCUGGACAGUGAUACUGAACUCAUUAGGGGUCCUCCUGGACCACCUGGCCCUCCAGGACCACCUGGGCCUUCAGGGAACAACCCUUCAUCAACUGGCAUUGCUGAUGGCUUCGCUCACACAUAUGCUGCGCCACGUGGUGCCCCUGGUAAAACUGGACUCAAAGGGCAACCAGGAAUACCAAUGGUUACUGAUUGGUUUAGUGGUUCUGGGUCUGGUGGUUCAGGUUUGAGUACAGACUUGUACUCUGAACUUGGCUCGGGUUUCAGUUCUGAUUCUGAGUCCGGUUUUGCUUCUGGGAACGGGCUUGACCUGAGCUCUGUUUGGGUAUCAGGCGAGGGUCGAGCUGGAAAAGAUGGGGCUCCUGGCCUUCCUGGAGCUGUUGGAGAAAAGGGUAACAGAGGUUUACCUGGACCCCCUGGACCGAAGGGUGAAUGUGGAUCUACUGGGAUUGCGGGGUCUGUGGGCCCUCAAGGGCCCAGCGGCCCACCAGGAAAAAGAGGCCCACCAGGUCCACCAGGACCUCCUGGUCCCCCGAGUCUUGCUGGAACCAAAUUCUUUGUUGAGGAUAUGGAAGGAUCUGGCAAAAGUGAUGUGCUCACUGGUGCAAGAAUGCCUGGUCCACAGGGUCCACCUGGACUUCCUGGUCCACAAGGUCCCAAGGGUGAGGAUGGAGCCCGAGGUCCACCGGGCCCCUCCAUCAAGGGCGAAAGAGGGGACCCAGGAGCAAAUGGGUUGCAAGGUCCUGCUGGAUUACCAGGUCCAAGGGGGGCUAAAGGAGAAAAGGGUAACCAAGGGCAAAAGGGUGACUGCGGCACUCAUGGUCUGUCCAUCACAGGACCACCCGGGCCACCUGGUCCUCCUGGACCUUUCAUUAACCUGACAGAUUUCCUCCUGAAUGACACAGAGAAUAUGCUCAACUUCACUGAGAUCAGAGGACCACCAGGGCCUGAGGGACGUGAGGGCUUGCCUGGCAAAGCUGGAUUUCCAGGCCCCAGAGGACCAAAGGGAGACAUGGGCCCUCCAGGUACUCAAGGGUCAGCAGGGCUGAAGGGAGCAAAGGGAGAGCCGGGUGUGACCAUUGCUGCCGAUGGCUCCCUUUUAACAGCACCAAGAGGCCCAAAUGGGCCCAGAGGCAUCAAGGGUACCCGUGGAUUGCCUGGACCUGCAGGACCCACUGGCCCAUAUGGUCCACCCGGACAAAAAGGAGAAUAUGGCUUCCCUGGUCGCUCUGGACGACCUGGUAUGCCUGGUAGGAAAGGGGAAAAAGGAGAUUGUGUUGGCCUUCCAGGUCCCCCGGGCCCACCUGGUGCGCCUGGACUUCCAGGAAGAAUUCUUGGACUGAAUGGAACAGUGUUCCCCGUGCGCCCCAGACCGCACUGCAAAAAGGGACCAGAUUCAAACAAUGGGGUCGAUGUUGCUAAAACUAAAGGAGAAAAAGGAGAUGUCGGAAUACCUGGAGAGCCAGGAACUCCUGCCCCUGGAUUUCCCGAUGGAAUUGUGGGUGGUAAAGGUGACCAGGGAUCCAGAGGUCAGAAGGGAGAAAAGGGUGACUCUGGUGCUCCCGGUCCUCCGGGACUACCAGGGCGGUCAGGACCUGUGGGUCCAAAAGGGGAGUCGGUCAUUGGCCCUCCAGGUCCUCCCGGUUCACCAGGUCAACGUGGUGCCCCUGGGUUCGGACGCCCAGGUCCAAGAGGGCCACCUGGACCUGCCGGAAACCCAGGACCGCUAGCUGCUUUCGGAGGAGCUGGCAUCAGUGUUCCGGGCCCUCCUGGUCCUCCUGGCCCACCAGGAAUUUCAAAUCUGGUGUCCACCUAUGAGACAACACAUGCUCUGACCAAAGAGACCCACUUGGUUCCAGAGGGAACAUUAGCAUACGUGUCCGAUAACGGAGGAGAGCUUUACAUCAGAUCACAGAGCGGAUGGCGUAAAGUUCAGCUCGGAGACUUGAUCCACUCUGAACCGCCAUCCACAUCAGCACAUCGGGCCCACAGCAAACCUGGAGAAUAUAGCAGACCUCACAGAAGCCACAGCCAGGAGCUACAUGAGGGGAAUAGAGGAUAUCAGCCCAGUUUUAACAUAUUGCCACGGACCUUCAAUGCUGUUGCUGGGCUCCAUCUAGUAGCUCUAAACGCUCCAUUAAAGGGGGAUAUGCGAGGGAUCCGUGGUGCCGACUUUCAGUGCUACCAGCAGGCACGGACCAUGGGCCUGACGAGCACAUACCGAGCCUUCCUGUCCUCGCACCUCCAAGACCUGGCCACCAUUGUGAGGAAGGCAGACCGCAGCGACAUGCCUGUGGUUAAUCUCAGGGGUGAAAUGCUGUUCAAAAGCUGGAUGUCCAUUUUCUCUGGAAACGGUGGCACAUUUGACCCUUCCAUCCCCAUUUACUCCUUUGACGGACGCAAUGUGAUGAUUGACUCAGCAUGGCCAGAGAAGUUGAUCUGGCAUGGUUCAAGUGCUGUGGGAAUCCGCGCGACCAUGAACUACUGCGAAGCAUGGAGGACUGCUGACAUGGCGGUGACGGGUCAGGCCGCUCUGCUUCAAACAGGACGCCUUUUAGGACAACACACACGUUCGUGCUCCAACCACUACAUUGUACUAUGUAUAGAAAACACAUACGUUGGGAACAUCCAUCAACGGAGGUCUUGAAGAUGGCACAUUAGCAGAAUGCUUCAAAUGUGCAAAAUAGAACCUUUCAAAUAGGAACAGGAACAACCUGCCAGUACUCUUACACAGUGUGAUUAGAAUUUAAGAGCUUUCACUGGCUUGCAAACAGAACUUUUCAUUUUUAUUCCUGUUAUAUGGUAGUAGUGUGUAUGACAAUUUGACUAUUAAAAAAAAGUUUAAGCUAGACUUUGUGAGAAAAUGUCCAACCAUUUACAUAUAACUGUGAUUAAAGUGUAAAUUUAUACAAUAUCGAGAAGUAUCCCGUCGAUGACAAUCACUAGUUAAAGGUAUUGUUUUUUUUUGUUUUUUUUUUUUUAAACCUGAGUAGUUUUCCUGUAAAUCCAAUUUGCAUGAUGAUAUUCGGUGCAUCAACAGUUUAACCUCAACGUGUACCUUUUGUGUUAGUGUAAAAUGUAAUUGGUAUUUCCAUUAAUUUAUAUCAUAGCAACAUAUUCUUUGGAAAUCUAGUGUACUUAUCCUGAUGAAAAAUGUGUAGGCCUACUGUACAUACUGUGUGUUCAUGCUCAAGUUUAAAUUGUAUUUUGUACUACAUCGAGGUAGCCAUUUUUGUUUGGGCACUCAACAUUUUAUUAUGUCUCAGCAUGUAUUGAUAGGGAUGUACUUCGUGUACUGUAUUUUUCUGACCUGUGUAGGCUCGCACUAAAUAUAUUUUCUUUCAUGUCUAAUUUUGGUGUCCAGACAAAUCUUGAGCUUCUGAGGUCAUGAAAACAUUCGUACUGUUGCUUAAUAAAUAUUGUUUUUAUAAGUGGUGGCUUUGUUUGUUUUGUCAUACAUGUGGU